AUGUCUUCAUCCGAAGGAAGUAACAUUUAUGAUGACGUGGAUCCUAUGACACCUUCUUCAGAUGAUGAUUACAUACCCGAGGUUCAGGUCAUUACAUCGGAUAGUGAGACGGGAUCUGAUAGCGAUAUGGAUGAUUUUCAGCCGUUUGCAUAUCUAGGGGAUAUUGUUGACGAUGAUGUAUUAGCUGUACCUCCACCACUCAAUGACAUAAUGAUUAUAGGUCACCCGGAGGGUGAACAUAUAGUCGAGAUUAUACCUUUGGAUGUACUUCCUCUUGCUAUGGUGCCUUUCGUCGACCUUGACGAGGAUGAUGACGACAUUGUCCCGGUGAUUCCCGUAGAGCAUAUAGAUGAUGACUUGGGAGACGGAGAUGUUUAUGAUGUGGUUAUCUUAGAUAUUGCAUCACCGGUGGUCUCGGUGAUCGAUAUUUCUUCGGAUGCAGAUACAGACUCAUAUGCUUCUUCUUAUGCAUCUGUUACCUCAUCUGCACUGCAGGCCCUUGGCCUACAGCGCAACGCAGACCUUGAGUUGGAUGAUGUCCUACCAGAUGAGCCAGUUGUCCCUACACCUAACCAUAUUGCCUCUAUCCUACCACAGACCGACCAUACUGACGAGGCAGGACCCUCUGGACAUGCCCACAUACCACCCAGUGAGCCUCUUAUUGCGCCACACUCUCCACCUCACGUCAUGCCUGUGACAGAUCCAUACCACCCAUCGCAUUACCCAUCUGUUACUACCGAGUUAUGUGCUCGUGUGCUGACUCUCGAGCAUCAGAUAGACUUCAUUGUCCGUCGAGUUCAUGAACUCGAGGAGGAGUUUCUUCACCUUGAGGCUUUGGUAUUUUUGACUCCAUCACCACCAGCUCAUUCACCACCUCAUGCUCCACCACCACCACCACCAGAGUUACCACCAUUACCCCCACUACCACCUCAGAUACCACCAGUUGACUUACCUGCUCGUGUUUUGACACUCGAGCAGCAGAUGAUUUUCCUUCACCGUUUGGUUCAUGAUAUGGAGGAUAGGGUUUCUCAUGUUUACAGGGCAUUGUUUCCGGUUCCACCACCAGUUUUUCCUCCACCAUAG